AUGGCUUCUGUUUCGAGCUUGCCCGGUCCCGCUCUCCAGGCUUCCAAAGCUGCGCUUUCGGCCGCGCUUGCAGAGAAUGUGAAGGACUCCGAGAAGAAGGCGAACGGAGACGAGUCCCUCGAACCUGGAGAAAUCCAGGAAGUUGACAUGCAAGCGCAGGCGGAAAAUAUCCGUACCGUGUUCAACGACCCCACCAAUUUCAACGUCAAGCAUCCCCUUUAUUCUCCUUGGACUCUUUGGUUCGACUCGCCUGCGACGAAGGGUCGCAAUCUUCCUCAGACCCCAAUGACUUCAUUCCCGCAAACACCUGUCGCACAGACCCCGGGUGGCGUCGCGGCACAGGGCUGGAUGGAAGAUAUCAAGCGGGUGAUCACGUUCGAUAGUGUGGAAGAGUUUUGGGGUCUCUAUAAUAACAUCGUCCCGCCAUCACAGUUGCCGCAAAAGGCGAAUUACUAUUUAUUCAAGGAGGGUAUCAUUCCUGCUUGGGAGGAUGAUGCCAACAAAAAUGGCGGGAAGUGGAGCAUCCAGCUUCCACGAGACAAGAACCGGAGUGUGGUCGACAAGAUGUGGCUUUACACAAUGCUCGCUGCGAUCGGCGAGACCUUCGACCCGCUUUUGACGAGCUGUGAGGGCAGCGAUUCACCUCAGUCACUGAUUACCGGUGUAAUCGUCUCGACGCGGCCCCAAUUUUAUCGUAUCUCGAUCUGGACGCGGACCGCGCCGACGCUGGCCGGCGGUGACGACGACAAGUUGCGUGAGAGGAUCGAGGGAAUCGGGCGACACUUCAAGACGCAGGUCUUGGGAUAUCCUGAGUCCCAGAGGCUCGCGGGUGCGCUGGCGACGGAGGUGGAGUUCUUGUCGCACAAGGACUCGGAGAAGAAGGGAAAGCAGGCGAAAAAGAUCGUUGUUUGA